UCCAGUAACUAAUGUGAUUACACUGAUGUUUUCCAGAUCUCUGCAUACACCAAAACAUAUUUCUGUUCUUCUAGAAAGUACAUACGUUUCUAAUUUUCGGGAAAGAAAGCAAAAGUAAAUCUCUUUUUGAGUAAUAUAAAAAUACAUACAUACAAGUAAAAUUACAUUAGUUGAAGUUAUUAUGGAUUUAUUGGACCACUUACAGCUGUUGUAAUCUAACUUUUAAUCUAUGUAUUUUUUGAUAAACUAAACAAUAAAUGAAAAAAGGCAGAGCGGAUAUGCACUUAAACAAUAUCACAAAAAAUGAAAUGAGCUAGGUUUAAUUAAAAAAGAAACAUAUGGAAGAAUAUAUACAGCAGAAGAUAAAUGGCAAGGGUAGCAUUUGAUUAAAAAAAAUAAAAAAAUCUUGAAUAUGCCCUAUCGGAAUAGUUUAGAAAGUCUGCUGUCUGAUGCAGUAAGUAUUGUAUUUACCUCACUUGUCACAUCACGUACAUUAGUGUAAACUAAUAUAUAGUAGGCUACUACAAAUAAAGCUUUCAAGAACCUUUCCACUUGAAUAACAUCCGGCUUGCUUAUUUUAAAUAAAUACUAACUAGCAUAGCAUAAACAAGUCAUCCUGAAGCUAAUAUUUAGUGCAGGACAAUUACGUUAGACUUAAGUCGUUGUCACUAUUGUACCUAAGUAAGUGGCAAGUGAGUGUACAAAAUGAAAGAAUGGUAAUCGUGUUGCAUCACUUGUUUCUGUUUUUCUGUUUUGUGCGGUCUUCUAUAAAAGUCCCGCCUCAAACUAAAACCCAAACAGAUGUGGAGGCAGACAGGAGUCUGAUGGGGAGGGAUGAUUACUGGGAGGCGCCUUCCCUCUCAUUUACCCCCUCUUUCUUUCACACCUCUUUGUUUACACCUAAAGACCGGUCAAGUCCAGGCAGGGGAACUGCAGCUUUGUAGACUUCACUCUGAACACAAACGAUGUCUGUUUUUCGGCUCUGCUUUUUUGUUCUGUUCGGAGUUUCCGCUGCGUCUGACGCCGUGCCUCCUGCCCAGCUCGGGCCCCCGUCGCUCGGCUUCAGCUCCUCGGUCCGCUCGGUGUGCAAACCCAUCCCCAGCACGCUGUCUCUGUGCCACGGGAUCGGCUACAGGCGCAUGUGGGUACCCAACUUGCUCGGCCAUGAUACACUGAGGGAGGCCCAGCAGCAGUCGGCGGCCUGGCUGCCUCUGAUUUCCAAGCUGUGCCACCGGGACACUAAGAAGUUCCUGUGCUCGCUGUUCGCCCCGGUGUGCCUCCCCGAGCUUAGCGGACCGGUCAGCCCCUGCAGGAGCCUGUGCGAGGCCGUGCGGGACGGCUGCGUGCCCGUCAUGAGCGCGUUCGGGUUCCCAUGGCCUGAGAUGUUCAACUGUACGCGGUUUCCACGCGGAACCGAGCUCUGUAUCCCGGCAACCGGGGAGCAGGAGGGGCGGACGGCCGAGGAGCUGAGGCACGAGGAGGAGCUGAAAGGAAGCGUUAUCUGUGAUGCUUGCAGCCUGGCAGCAGAAGGAGAGACUGACAUCCAGGAAAACUUCUGUCACAGUCCAUAUGCAUUUAAGAUGCGUCUGGGCAGCGUGUCAACAGUGGGAGGUGACCGUCAGCUAGUGCCUACGCCCCGCAGCCGUAUCCUGAGGUGGGCAGGGGGAGGUGCAGAGAGGGCAGAAGAGGUUGGAGGCGCGAUGGCCCACAGUGCUUUGUGGCUCCAAGAAGGAGGCACUUGUACUUGUCCUGGUUUAGACUCUGCAGAAACAGGCAAAGAUAAAGAGCUAGAGGAGGACCACAAAGUUAAAAGACAGACCAAAGAAGGAGGAAAAGCAGCGAAUGGUGCCAAUGGUGGAUGGUACUUGGCCCUGGCUCAGGCUGAAGAGGGAAGACUAGUGCUGACUCGACUGGUGAGGUGGACCAGAGGGGACAAAGAGCUGAAGAAGUUCAUCAGGGCUCUCCUUAAACAACCCUGUCCACAGCUUUGAGCAGCCACUUAUGAACCACUGCAGUCCUGCCCUGCAACUUUACAAUCAUAUGUAACUGUGUGACACUAGUAGCAACAAUUUACAGUAAUGUACACAAACUUCAGCACAUUAACCAAGAUGAGGAACAAGGCCAGAACUGCCUGCGAAAUCAGUGGAUGGCCUAAGGUUCCUAAAUAAUUCUGAAUACGACAGUUAUUAAAUGAAACACAAUCAGUCACUUAUUAUAUAACCAAAGUUAGAGAGCUGAUGUUUGUGUACUUUACUGUAGUCACCAAAUACAGCCCUAAUUUUGGAAUUAUGGCAAGGCGUUGUUUGCAAAAGUCACUACGAAUGAUUAGUUUGAACUGGGGCAAUAAUUGUGUAGUUUUUUUUGUCAUGCUAGCGAAAAAGUUAACCCAUGUCUAAUUAUCCAUUGAAUUAAAAGGGCGUGUUUUUUUUUAAUGGUUAAUACAUAUUUUGUUAUUCCUGCAGAGACAAAUAGUUUUCUAAUACUACCUACCAUAAAUCUUACCAUAUAUGGUGAUACUUUCAUUAAGCAUACAGUAUACAUUUAAAAGACAUACAAAGUUACUUUCAUGUUUCAUGUUGUUUCUUUUACUUUGUCUAAAGUCUCCUAGUGAUGGUUUGAUGAGUAAAAACACAUAUAUAGAAUGACAAGACAACAAGACCAUGAUCACAGGCACAGGAGCACUGAAAGACAAAAGGGCACAGUCUCAAACAAUAAAUAGUUACAUUUUGGUUUGGUCUGUAUUUUUUUUAUCUGCAUUUUAUUUUAUAUUUAUUUAUAUACCUAACAUGAUUCUACUCAUUCUACUGUGUUUUUGUAUUUAAAUAAACAUUGAUUAAAAUGAUUUCGAGUGUG